AAUACUCCUACGGCAACCUUCAAAUGUCUAUCUGUGAGACUCGUGCUUGUUGGAUAGUUAAGUGGUGAUAUUUCCGAAGCACCAACACAAAAGGAACGCGUUGCGCAUCCACAUCAUCACCGGCGGGUGGAGAGGUGCGGAACACUGCAACAUCUUUGUCGCGGCCUAUGAGUUGCCAACCUCUGCUCGGUCUCCUCGGCAUUCCAUGUCAGCCGCAGCAGCAACCAGGAUUCUAACCCCAAAGAGCGGGAUCAGCGCCCGGCCCCAUUCUUUUGCCGAAUAAGCAUUGGCUUCCGUUCGAUCCUUUACCUGCUGCUUUUUGCGCAGCGAGGCACUCGUUUCCUGUAGCAGGGUAUUUUCUCUAGGCUUCUGGGUUUGCUUGGAAAAACAUCAUCGUGAUAACCUGGUAUAAAUGUUCUUCAGAGGGGCGUUUCAUCCAAUAUCCCAUCUCCCUUUGCUUUGCAGAUGCAAACCCAGCAGCGUAUUAUUUUCGACAAAGACUUUUAAUGGAUUCACUGAGAACUGAGAAACUAACUUCAAAGCACGCUAUGAUCGUCGUUCGCGCGAGGUGCUGAACUUCGUAUUCUUGGGGCAAACACUGCCACCAUGGAUGCCAUCCUGGUAUCCUGUCGUUUCAUAAAAUCACAUAUUGACGCUCGCACUCGAAGAAAUGACACUCUCUGAGUGUCAUUUCGUCUCCUAUCUCGCGUUCAAAGAUGAUUUUUCCCAAGCUCUUCGGGACCAGAACCCAGGGCCACUCUUGGUGGCCCAACUGUCGCGCGGGUCAAUUCUUCCUCUUCCCAGCAGUCAUCUUUUCGGUUCUAUUGUGGAUUUUCGUUAUCGCUUCUGCUAUAUACAGCGUGGUGCUAGACAACAAAAGCCCCCGUGCUUUGAACGCUCCCAUCUGGUGGCACAGAGUCUCUGAUGACUGCACUAUUGCUCAGGGACAAAUCGUUGCGUUAUUAUUUGGCAUCUGCUUUGAAACCGUCCAACUCUCAAUCCACAUUUUCCUUUUCUCAACAGGCAGACUCCACCCGAUCACGGCGCUCGUGCUCUCCAUCCUCUCGUUCGGCAACUGGUUUGGCUCCUCCUUUUAUAGUCCGCUGGCUAAUCUCGCCGCCGAAAGACAAUUCCCAGCUACCUGGGAGACGCUGUUCUGGAUACGUCAGGCUCUCGGAUAUUGCCUUCUCCUCCUGUAUUUGGCGUAUAUUGUACACGCAUCCAUUGCUACGCACAGGUGGCGGAUUGCCAAGAAGAAGCGAAGAACAGAGGAGCAAGAGACAAACAUCAAGUUGGAAGAUAUCGAAUAAUUUGUUCUGCAUUGACAGAAGCCCUGGUUAGCUGGUCGAAGUUCCCACCAUUAUGAGCGCUCCGCUGGUCCAUCAGAUGGUGAAUUCUAUUUUAACCAGAUGAUGGGUAUAAUGUGUAAUGUGUAAUGUCUAAUAUUUUAGAGAUUGUUUGCAACGGUUCUUUCAUUUAGAUAUGGCCUGUCCCUAAUGCUGGAUGGGCGCAAGUGAGCGAGAUCAAUCGACCUUUCUUGCGUU